AUGACUUCCUCCUUGGAUGAUGAUAAGCCGUACGAUUCCGUCGAGAGACUGAUUCUAGCGAUGGACAUUGGGACAACAAACACAGCGGUCUCGUUCAUACAUGCGUAUCCUGGGCGAAGGGUAGAGGUAAAAAUGGUUGCGAAGUGGCCGGGUCAAGAAGAGGCCGUCGGAGACUCCAAAAUACCAACGAUAGUUGCAUAUCGGAACGGGGAGCCAAUCGCAUUUGGAGCAGAGGCCCAGGAGUAUCUAGGCGAUGAAGAGUACACAAUCGCAAAGUGGUUCAAGCUUCACCUCCAUCCCCAGUCUAUGAGGCUUGAGGACGCUCCUCCGGCCUACAGCAGGCACCCAAAUCACGCAGAUCUCACCGAGAUUCCACCGCUUCCUACUGGUGUAACCCUUAAGGGGGUCUAUAGUAGCUUUAUGAGGUACCUCUACAACUCAUCUCGGGCGUAUUUCGAAAACACAACACCUAAUGGUGCCGGGAUCUGGGACCGGCUCCAGGAUAGUAUGGUUCUCAUCUUUGCGAUUCCAAACGGAUGGGAUACAGUGCAGCACGAAUUCCUCAAGACUGCUGCUCUUGACGCUGGCCUUGUCAGGUCGGACGAUGAUGCAGAAAAGAGAAUCGAACUCGUCACUGAGGGUGAAGCGUCAGUUCAUUACGCUAUACAGAAGACUCGCGCAAGUUCCUGGCUUCAGAAAGGCACCAUGUUCUGUGUUUGCGAUUGUGGCGGUAGUACCAUAGACAGCAAUCUUUAUGAGUGCAAGGCGACCACUCCUAGGUUGAUACUUGAAGAAGUAUGUGCUAGCGAAUGCGUCCAGGCCGGUGGUGCUUUUGUCGACCGAGCUGCAAGGGCUAUGUUGGAAAGUAAACUCAGAAACUCAAAGUAUGGAGAAAGCGAUUAUCUCGGCGACAUGGAACGGGCUUUUGAAAGAAAGACCAAGAGACUAUUUGAUGGCGUCAAAGAGUCUAAUGUCAUCGAUUUUGGUGGGCGAAAUGACAAUGAUCGGGAAUUCGGCAUCCUUAGAGGCAAAAUAACACUCAAUCGAUCCGAAGUCUGUUCGAUAUUCAAUGGGGUCAUUGCUCAAGUCGAAGGAAGCUGUUUAAAGCUCCUAAGGGGUCGCAAAGUUCAGCAUCUUCUUCUCGUCGGAGGAUUUGGGGAAUCACCAUAUCUACAAGACUAUCUCAAAGUCGCGUUUGGAAGAUCCAAGACGGAGGUUGUGACUGUGGAAGAUUCGUCCAAAAAAGCGGCGGCAGAAGGCGCUGUAAUAUGGUUCCUUAAACAAUCUGUGGCCGCACGAGCAGUUCGGUUCUCCAUUGGCGUAAAAGGAAGCAUCGAGUAUACGGUCAAAGACCCCCAACACCGGGCCCGACGAGGUGACGCGUAUCUAGAUGCGAGAGGGACACUUAUGCUGCGUGGAGCAUUUCACACACUUGUCUAUAAGGAUACCGUCCUCAAACAGGAGCAAGAGAUUAGAUCUCAAUUCUCGUGCCGUUACGAAGCGAAACCGAUAGCUUUAGAUACAUUUAGCGCGCACCUAUACGCCUGGGGGGGAGAUGGCACUACGCAGUGGUCCAGAGAUGAACACGGCGAUUCAUUGGCAAAGCUACGAAAGAUUUGCACAAUAGAAGCAGAUUUGUCCCCAUUACUUCCAUAUCUGCGAAUAAUUAAUGGAAAGGACGGACACAAUUAUUGGGAGGUUACUUUUCACAUCGCUCUCAAAUUUGGUGGUACCAGGCUUUUUGCGAGAACGCAAUGGGAACAGAAUGGUGUGACCUGCAGCGGUCCCGUGCGAGUUGUUCCCAGUUCAACGUAUUGA